AUUGCAAUUUCCCAAGUGCUUGAUCCUCUGCUAAUUUUCUACGUUUUUAUUGUCUAUUUUAUACUCUGCAGGAUGUUUCUGUAUUCUGUGUAUCUAACCUCUGCAAAUUUAAUGAUGUUUCAGUGUUUGCUUUAAAAAGAAUUUACAGGGCAAUUAUCUAUUGACUAUGGAUGAUAUAUCCGAUGUUUAUUUAACCGAUUAUAUACCAAGUAUUUAUACGACACCAUUGUCACUUCACUACAAGCAUAACGGUAAAGACAGGCAAGGGGACGUAUUCGCAGAAAGGAAUGGAGUUGUUAUCAUUCUAUAUAACGUCAGCAAAGACGCCUUAGUCCUUGUGAAACAGUUUCGUGCACCCGUUUAUAUGCAGAACAUUCCUGAAACGGAAAGACACUCGCAAUUUGAUACCAUGAAAUACCCUGUAGGACUGGGAAUUACCCUGGAAUUUUGUGCUGGGCUUGAAGAUAAGGAUAUUCAAACAGAUAAGGUAGCACAGGAAGAAAUUUUGGAAGAAUGCGGAUAUGAAGUCCCUGUGGAUAAGCUCGAGAGAAUUGCUAAUAUUUGCAAUUUAUCUGAUACCACAGGUGCUAGAAGCACAUUUUAUUACUGUGAAGUAACAGAAGACAUGAGAGUUCAUGGCGGCGGGGGUGUUGAAGGGGAGAAUAUAGAAUUAGUUGAAAUGUCUGUUGAGGAUGUUGUUAAAUAUGCUAGUAAAAGUUAUGUUUGUUCACCUAUGAACUUUAUGUUUGGGUUGCAAUGGUUUUUAUAUAAUAAAUAUAAAAAAUAUUUUUUUUUUACUGUUGACCAUUGUUAGUUCUCUUUGCCGAAA